CGUCGCUGUUGAGGGGGUUUCCGGUCCAUUUCAUUGUUGAAUUAUUGAAUUUUCAAAGCUAUGAGUUAUAUCUUUAUUCUUUUCUGGUCUCCCUUUCCCUUACGAUACGGCGCGAUUUGAACUUGUUUUGACUGGAAUUUGAAAGGCUGAGCUGCUCAGUUGGCUUUCAGACGACAAACACAUCCCCCAUUCACUCGUUUUCUCUCCUCUUCGCCCCCCUCUAUUUAUCGUGAUAUAAUACAUUAGGAACCCUGCGAAAAGAAGAACAUGGCACCGCUUUCUACAUCCAAGUUCCGGGCGCCUCCCGGCCGGCCGGCCAAAAACCGUCCAAAGAUUUCACUCAAGGCAUCAGACACCGAGGUCAGCAGCGAAGGUCCUCCGCCCAAGAAACGAAAAUACGUCCCUGGUGGUCCUGGAGGAGGCGGGAGGUAUAUUGAUAUCUAUGGGAAGGAAACGACACCGGCUCCGAAACCGAGUCCUAUUCGACGUAGCUCGUCGGGUUCCCGGAGUCGUCCGCGAGAAUCGAAGUCUCAGUCGGUUCAGGAACCUGUCCAGCCUGUGAAUCCUGCCGAACCCGUUGAUGCUGUUGAAUCACCUGCUCAGCAGUCUAUCAAGCCGCCCAUUCAACUCCCCCCGCCACCCCCGCCUGUACCUGCAACACCACCGUCGGCACGGUUGAGAAGGGAGAAGAGUCAAAAUCGUGGUCGCUACACUUCUUCGACGGCUGCUGCCCUUGCGCUACAACAGGGAGAUGGUUACAAACCGCGAGAAGAGCGGGGUUGGGAGGAGUUUCACCCGGACCUGGAUAUUGAAGCCAAGUUUACGGUUUUCAGUUCAGAAGAGGUGGAUGGCCCACGUCCGCCAGUCACGCCCGCCAAUGCCGAACCCAUCACGAGCGAGAAAGAUACAUUGGCUGAAAUCAUGCGCCUUCAAAAUGAAGCCCCGUCUCCUACUCCUGUCAAGCGCCGCCCAGGGCGCCCUCCACGUCGUCCAGAGGCUAUCCUCGCUGCUCUUCGUGCCCAGCAUGAUCCAAAGCCCGUUCCAGUUCCGCCUCCAGGUCCGAAUCCCCGUGAGAGGCUAACGCUCCCGAAACCGUCGUUUCGGAUACGGGAUCCGUUCACUUUCUAUGAUCAACCUGGGGUUGGACAGCAGAACUAUGUUGAUCGCACAAUGGCAAGCGUGGGAUAUCAAGAAAGCGAUGUUUUCCUUCGUCAUGACAGACAGAUGGUCCGAAUGGCGGAAGCGCAAGAAGACGAUCUGGAUACAAUGCAUUCGGUGGCCACGGAUGGAGAAGUGAACGCUGCAGUGGGUAGAGUAGAGUAUGAUAUGGACGAACAGGACGAAAAGUGGCUCGAAGAUUACAACACAAAACGACGAGAGGACCAAUUGGAACCCAUUAAACCAGCGGUGUUUGAGAUUACCAUGACCAAAAUCGAGAAAGAGUGGCAUGCACUUGAGAAACGCAUACCCAAACCGAAUCCCAAGCCCCCGCAAACGCAACGCCCUCGUUCCAGCUCGGCAGCUGCUGUUAAUGGAGAAAUCACCGGACCAGGUGAAGAACAGGACACCAAGUGCGCUAUCUGUGACGAUGGCGAUUGUGAAAAUUCCAACGCCAUUGUUUUCUGCGACGGGUGUGAUUUGGCAGUGCAUCAGGAGUGUUAUGGUGUUCCUUUCAUCCCCGAGGGCCAGUGGCUGUGUCGCAAGUGCCAGCUUAUCGGAAGAGGGUCGGUCAAUUGCAUCUUCUGUCCGAAUACCGAAGGUGCUUUCAAACAGACUACUACCUCGAAAUGGUCACAUCUACUCUGUGCUAUUUGGAUUCCGGAAGUGUCGAUUGGCAACCCAUCGCUGAUGGAACCAAUUACUGAUAUUGAAAAGGUGCCUAAGAGUCGUUGGAAGCUUCAUUGCUACAUCUGUCGGCAAAGAAUGGGCUCCUCAAUCCAAUGUAGCAACAAGAAUUGUUUCGUUGCAUUCCAUGUUACCUGCGCAAGGAGAGCGCAGCUAUACUUGAAGAUGAAGUCUGGCCAUGGCACUCCUGCGAUCAUGGAUUCUCAUUUACUCAAGGCUUUCUGUGACAAGCAUGUCCCUCCUGAGUGGCGGAGAGAGCACGGUACGGAUGCUGCUACAGCAGAUGCUAUCGAAUACUAUCGGACUACCAUGCAAGGUAGACAAUGGGGUGAUAGUCAAGCGACAGCUCUGUCAUUAGAGCCAUCCCACCCGUUAGGAUGCGAUCAUGGAGAUGACUUCGGCCAGAGGAUGCAUACACCACGAAUAACUCUUACCGUCGGUGGUAACAAGCGGAAGCGAAUUGCUGUACCCAAGACAAUCUGGAAGCUACCAUCUGGCGCUCCCGUUAUACCCCAGGUUCUCCUGAAUUCCGUUGCGGCCUCUCUUCAGCGCUUUACUGUUCGUCAGAGAAAGCAGUACGCGGAAGAUGCAUGUAAAUACUGGACUCUCAAACGUGAAGCGCGACGAGGAGCAGCGCUUUUGAAGCGGCUGCAACUACAGCUCGAGACCUUCUCGUCCAUGGAAAUGACAAGAAGAGACUAUGUGGCAAUGGGAAUUGCAGGAGGCAAGCGACUACAGCGACGCAUCGAGUUUGGUGAGCGACUUCACCAGGAUUUGGAAAACCUGAGGAUGUUAUGCGAUCAAGUUAGGAAUCGUGAAAGAGAGAAGUUGAAGGAUGCGGAGAUGCUCCGGAAUGUUGUCGAUACUGUCUACUUUCCUAUAUUCCCGCUCCUUUGGCCCAUUCUUGAAAAGGCGCAGGGUCUCGAUGGAAAGAGAAUAUUUAGGGAAGGGUUAAUGUCUAUACGGUCAAAAGUAGAACAACGAUUCUACACAUCAGUUGCAGCAUUUUCGGCCGAUCUGGCCGGCGUGUUCACAUCAGAGAUCGGAGUCCAGCCCGCCGGGGAUACGGCCGAGCUUCAGAUGCAGAUCAGUGGGCGCGCUCCGGAACUCAGCUUAGAGCAGCGGGAAAAGCGAAAAUUAGCAAAGCGGAUCAUUAAAGCUAUUCAGCCUGGACUAGAAGACGCGAUUAGGAAAGAAAGCGAGUUGAAUCGCAAACCGUUUGAGAAGGAGUUGAAAGAACUAGACAAUCUUCUUGAGCAUAACGUCCUGUUUCGUCGAGACUCUUUUGUCGAUUCCGCAGGGCCGGCCGGUGAAGAUAGUCCUGAAAAAACCGACCUUCCGAACGGCACAGAGGAAAAGGUUGAUGGUGACGAAGAGCCCGCAAAGUCAGAACUCCGGGAGGGGGCUCAUGUCAACACUUUACCCGACCAGACAGGCGAUACGGUUAUGCCUGACGCUGACGCUGAAACGACUCAUCCUCCUGAGCCUGCUGGGGAAUCCCAAAAACAGGAUGUCCCGACUACGGAGGCACCUGCCCCUGAGGCUCCUAUGACUGAAACAGCCGCAGAGGCUCCAGCGCAAGAACCGCAGGAACCCGAGAAUCCGAGUGCAGAUGUUCCCUCUGCCACCGUGGAGUCUACUGGAGAAAUUCAGCCGGCUGCGACCGAGGAAACCAAGAACGAUAGCGAUACCCCAGAUGUUUCAGGCGAGCAGGCCGUGGCUCAGAAAGGGCCGCCGACGCCUCCAUUGAGCUUCCAAGGGGAUCAGCAGCUUCCAUUGUCGCAAGGUGGUGUUCAGUGGUACAUGCAGCCCUUUGAUCCGGUGGGCACCACGAUCCACGAGGAACGAUGGACAGGACGAGAUGUCAUGCGCGGCAUGAGUGAAGAGCUCAGUGAACUUGACGAGGAGGAAUUGAAGGACUUAGUCGAUGAUGAAGUCGAAGGAACAACGACGAAUGGAACAACAACGGCUGCUCCAGAUGCUCCCGCAGCGGAAGAGGAUGGGGUCAAAGUCCAUCGCACUCGCAGACGGUGGCGUGGGUUUAAAUGAGUUUCUGCUGUUUUAAUUGCAUGAUGUGCAUCUGUCAUGAUUUGAUUCGCUCUUUUGCUUCGUUCUUUACUUUUUUUUUUUUUAUUUUUUCCGUCACUCUGGGAAACAGGAAAGCCAGGCGUUUGUUUUCUUUUACUUGUUCUUUACUGGGAAU